AUGGGACGUGGGCCGUACUUUGAACAUGAGAGAGUGUUAGUGGGUGACCUGUACAUGGGAGUUGACGUGAACCUGGCGGUGGGUGACCUGUACAUGGGAGUUGACGUGAGCCUGGCGGUGGGUGACCUGUACAUGGGAGUUGACGUGAGCCUGGCGGUGGGUGACCUGUACAUGGGAGUUGACGUGAACCUGGCGGUGGGUGACCUGUACAUGGGAGUUGACGUGAGCCUGGCGGUGGGUGACCUGUACAUGGGAGUUGACGUGAGCCUGGCGGUUGGUGACCUGUACAUGGGAGUUGACGUGAACCUGGCGGUGGGUGACCUGUACAUGGGAGUUGACGUGAGCCUGGCGGUGGGUGACCUGUACAUGGGAGUUGACGUGAGCCUGGCGGUGGGUGACCUGUACAUGGGAGUUGACGUGAACCUGGCGGUGGGUGACCUGUACAUGGGAGUUGACGUGAGCCUGGCGGUGGGUGACCUGUACAUGGGAGUUGACGUGAGCCUGGCGGUGGGUGACCUGUACAUGGGAGUUGACGUGAACCUGGCGGUGGGUGACCUGUACAUGGGAGUUGACGUGAGCCUGGCGGUGGGUGACCUGUACAUGGGAGUUGACGUGAGCCUGGCGGUGGGUGACCUGUACAUGGGAGUUGACGUGAACCUGGCGGUGGGUGACCUGUACAUGGGAGUUGACGUGAGCCUGGCGGUGGGUGACCUGUACAUGGGAGUUGACGUGAGCCUGGCGGUGGGUGACCUGUACAUGGGAGUUGACGUGAACCUGGCGGUGGGUGACCUGUACAUGGGAGUUGACGUGAGCCUGGCGGUGGGUGACCUGUACAUGGGAGUUGACGUGAACCUGGCGGUGGGUGACCUGUACAUGGGAGUUGACGUGAACCUGGCGGUGGGUGACCUGUACAUGGGAGUUGACGUGAACCUGGCGGUGGGGGACCUGUACAUGGGAGUUGACGUGAACCUGGCGGUGGGUGACCUGUACAUGGGAGUUGACGUGAACCUGGCGGUGGGUGACUUGUACAUGGGAGUUGACGUGAGCCUGGCGGUGGGUGACCUGUACAUGGGAGUUGACGUGAACCUGGCGGUGGGUGACCUGUACAUGGGAGUUGACGUGAACCUGGCGGUGGGUGACCUGUACAUGGGAGUUGACGUGAGCCUGGCGGUGGGUGACCUGUACAUGGGAGUUGACGUGAACCUGGCGGUGGGUGACCUGUACAUGGGAGUUGACGUGAACCUGGCGGUGGGUGACCUGUACAUGGGAGUUGACGUGAACCUGGCGGUGGGUGACCUGUACAUGGGAGUUGACGUGAACCUGGCGGUGGGUGACCUGUACAUGGGAGUUGACGUGAGCCUGGCGGUGGGUGACCUGUACAUGGGAGUUGACGUGAACCUGGCGGUGGGUGACCUGUACAUGGGAGUUGACGUGAACCUGGCGGUGGGUGACCUGUACAUGGGAGUUGACGUGAACCUGGCGGUGGGUGACCUGUACAUGGGAGUUGACGUGAACCUGGCGGUGGGUGACCUGUACAUGGGAGUUGACGUGAGCCUGGCGGUGGGUGACCUGUACAUGGGAGUUGACGUGAACCUGGCGGUGGGUGACCUGUACAUGGGAGUUGACGUGAACCUGGCGGUGGGUGACCUGUACAUGGGAGUUGACGUGAACCUGGCGGUGGGUGACCUGUACAUGGGAGUUGACGUGAACCUGGCGGUGGGUGACCUGUACAUGGGAGUUGACGUGAGCCUGGCGGUGGAUGACCUGUACAUGGGAGUUGACGUGAACCUGGCGGUGGGUGACCUGUACAUGGGAGUUGACGUGAGCCUGGCGGUGGGUGACCUGUACAUGGGAGUUGACGUGAGCCUGGCGGUGGGUGACCUGUACAUGGGAGUUGACGUGAGCCUGGCGGUGGGUGACGUGACAGGGGAUCACAAUAUAAAUUAA